AUGUCAUCAUUUAUUAACAAGCUGACUGACAUCACCUCAAAAUAUCAUUCUUCAGUAUUAGACCACUUUAAUAAUCCAAGAAAUAUAGGGUCACUGGAUAAAAAAGAUUUAUCUGUUGGUACAGGGAUUGUAGGUGCUCCUGCAUGUGGAGAUGUUAUGAAAUUACAAAUAAAAGUCGGUAAAAAUAAUAUUAUAGAAGAUGCUAAAUUUAAAACAUUUGGUUGUGGUUCAGCUAUCGCAUCCUCAAGCUUAGCUACAGAAUGGAUUAAAGGAAAAUCAAUUGACGAUUCUUUAAAGAUUACAAAUAGGGAAAUAGCUAAAAAGUUAAACCUGCCACCUAUUAAAUUACACUGUUCUAUGUUGGCAGAAGAAGCAAUAAAAGGUGCUAUUAAGGAUUUUAAUGACAAGAACAAGUAA